AUGAAGACCUUCAGUGUCAUUGCAACACUCACUAUCCUCCUCCCUCUUGCCGUUGCCCUACCAACUACAUCCAACAACGCCAAUGCCGCAAAAUUCUUCGAACGACAAGCUUCCUGCACCGAUAUGAUCUGCAUCCAAGACACAGAUUGCUAUGGCUUCCGCUGUGGAAACUGCAUUAUAGAGACUGGAUACUGCACCUGUCCGCCAGAAGCUGGAGGCGGCCCUUGCUAG